AAGAGCGUCAGUUGUCGCGCUUCCGGUGACGUCAGUGGCGAGCGCCGAGAGGCAGCGCGAGAGGGAGCGGGAGGCCCGGGGCCGCCGCACACACACACACACACACAGAGAUGGGAAAAGCAAAGAAGACUAGAAAAUAUGCCACGAUGAAGCGGAUGAUUAGCCUACGAGACGGCAGAAUACAAGAAAAGGAUCGGGCAAAAAAGGCAGAGAAGAAGAAAGAGGAUCCCAGUGCUAUCAAAGUAAAAGAAGUGCCUAAGUAUCCAUCCUGUCUAUUUUUCCAAUAUAACACGCAACUUGGUCCUCCCUACUACAUCCUUGUCGAUACCAACUUCAUCAACUUCUCCAUCAAAGCCAAACUAGACCUUGUGCAGUCAAUGAUGGACUGUUUGUAUGCAAAGUGUGUUCCCUGUAUCACAGACUGUGUCAUGGCAGAAAUUGAGAAGCUGGGACAGAAGUACAGGGUCGCACUCAGGAUAGCGAAGGAUCCACGGUUUGAGCGACUACCCUGCACUCACAAAGGCACGUAUGCUGAUGACUGUCUGGUGCAGAGAGUCAUCCAGCACAAAUGCUAUAUUGUAGCUACAGUGGACAGAGAUCUCAAGAGGAGGAUUCGGAAGAUUCCAGGAGUCCCUAUUAUGUACAUCACAAACCACAGGUACAACAUUGAACGGAUGCCGGAUGACUUUGGUGCCCCUAGAUUUUAAUGAGACAGCAGAUUUUUAUUCAUGUCAGAGGACUAUUAUUGCAUUUUAAUCAAAUAGGAUGAAACUGCCCUCGAUUGAACCUAUAUCCACUCAACUGCUUCUUAAUUAAAUUGUGGCACAAGAACAUUGUAUUGCUUCCAAAGGACUAUUGUUUGGGACAUCCUGACGCGAAAGGCGCUAUACAAAUAUAAUCUUGUUGUUGUUGUUUGCUAUUAAAUGGGGUUGUUCAAUGGCAGGCAGUUGUGUGCUGUGAAUUGGACCAUCCUGCUUUCAUUUC